CCCCGGGUUCUCCUCCCACCCCACCAAAUCCCCACCUCUCGAGAGGGUUUAGAAGCUUCCAGACCUCCCCCAAAGGCGAAUCGGCGAUGAGUUCCACCGGAGCAGGCGUCGCCGGCCGCGGCAAGGCCAAGGCGACCAAGUCGGUGUCGCGGUCGUCCAAGGCCGGGCUCCAGUUCCCCGUCGGCCGCAUCGCGCGCUACCUCAAGGCCGGCAAGUACGCCGAGCGCGUCGGCGCCGGCGCCCCCGUCUACCUCUCCGCCGUCCUCGAGUACCUCGCCGCCGAGGUGCUGGAGCUGGCCGGGAACGCGGCGCGGGACAACAAGAAGACCAGGAUCGUGCCGCGGCACAUCCAGCUGGCGGUGCGCAACGACGAGGAGCUGAGCAAGCUGCUGGGCUCGGUGACGAUCGCCAACGGCGGCGUGAUGCCCAACAUCAACCAGGUGCUGCUGCCCAAGAAGGCCGGGCCCAAGGGGGAUCUGGGCUCGGCCUCGCAGGAGUUCUGAGCCCGCGCGGCUUCAAGGCGAGGAAGGGGAGGCCGUCCUGUCAUGUGAUGUUCAUCUGAAGUUGUGGGUUGGGGUGUUUCGGGAGUCUGAAACUCCCGAUGGGAAAAAACCUUGGUGUCUUCUGAACUCUGUCGUGGUUGAGUGAAUGAGUCGAUCGAUCGGUAGAAGAGGAGAGGAAAUAUAUACUCCUAUGUGGUUUCUUAUAUGCGAACAUAUAUAUGUUGCUCAGUUGUCUUUUAUGAUUGAUAUGGUUCGGUUGUUUGAA